GGGAGGCACAGCAUAAUGUUCCACUCCCCCGUCCCCCUGACCAUUAGGAAGGCAGUGAGGACUGCGGUACCUGAUCACGCAGAGCUGGGUGUGCCUGCCGUGGAUUCUUCUGAAAAAUAUCCUCACUUGAAGCCUGCAGUUGGAGUGAAAGAUUCUGUUCCUAAUAAUACAAGAGAAAUGAAGACUUUACAAACAUUCAAAUCAGCAGACCUAGACUUACAAAGGACAUGUGAGGAAGAGCAAGAAAGACUUGAUGGAAGUGAAAAUAAGCACUCACAGGAUACAUGUGUUUUACGAGCACGUACUGUGAAAGAAAAGAAAUCUGAAGGUCAAAUCAAGCGGAUUAAUCUUUCACUUGUGCAUCUGCAAAAAACGCCUAGAGAACCAGAAGUGAAUAAGGAACAUGACAGAAAGGACAUACCUGUAUCUUCAAAACAUUCUUGUGUGAAGAAGCACGAGGACAUGUGGGUCAAACAAGGCAAAUUAGACUGGAAAAAUAAUUCCGAAUUUAUCACAAAGAAGUCAAAUCAGAAAAUCAGUAAAAUCCAUGAAGAAUGCAAAAUUACUUGUCAUCGUAAGGUGGAGUCACUACAUGACAGCUCGGAACUACAUGGUGACUUAAAGGAACUACCUCCCAGUGUGACAGAUAAUAUAUUUGAUUGUGAGGAAAAAGAUGCACCUGGAGCCUCUGUCUCUGUAGGAUCCCAGGCAUUCUCUGAACACAAAGAGCCCAGUCUUGAAAAUGUUUUUCCAUCUUAUUCCAAGUCUGAGUCAACAGAGUAUCGUUGCCAGUCAUCUUCAAAACUUUAUUUAAAUGAAAAUAAGUUAGAUGAACAUGACAAACCAGGCACUGAACAUGUUUUUAACAAAAAUGAGGAGAGUUUUUAUAAUAGAGAAAAUGAAGUAAGGAACCGAGUUCCAUUUACAGUGAAUGAAGACCAAGAACUUGAUACAAAAAGAAUACAAAAAAGGAACCAAAAUACUCACUGGAAAUCAGACAUUGGACGUGCACCUCAGCUUUCCCUGAAGGUUGAAGUAGAAGAGAACAGAAGCAAAAGUGGUGAACUGAAAGGAUCAGAAACCAUAUGUGAUGGCAGUUAUCAUGAAGGAUUAACUCAGCAGAGGAAGAGGGGAAAAACUGAUGACCAGCAGUUUCCUGCUCUGCAGAAAGGAGAUUCUGAUAGUAGGUGUCCUGGCUUGCAUAUGAAGGGAGUAAAGAAGAAUGAAAGUGGAAAACGGACAUUAAAAGCAUCUGUGACUUCACGUGUAUUUGCAAAGACCACCUCACUGGCUGGUGGUCUCCUACACGUGAAUGACAACAGCAGUUUAAGUGAAGGAGAUCAAGGUUGUGGCAGGUCUUCAAAGAAAAUGUCUACUAAAAAGGACAAGGUCAAAGAGCGGCUUAAUUCUGUGGAUGACCUCCAUGACUUAACUCUGGCACCGGAAACAGCUUCUGAGGAUCCCAAGUCGCUUUACCCUAACUGUAAGAAUACCCUGAGGCUAAUCGAACAAAUUGGCCCGGAGAGUAAAGAUUCUGAUAGGUUAUUGAAAAUUGAGGAUCCAGUUCAUUCAUUCAGAUCAAUAGAACUGAAAGAAUCUGACUGUGCACUACUUCGAGGAGAAAUUAAAAAAAAGGAAAAUAAGGUGAACUGGCUACAGACAGAGCUGUUGAAAACAAGAGAAGCAGAAUCACAGUUAAAACUUCAAAAUGUGAAGUGGGAACAAGAGCUCUGCAGCAUGAGAUUCACAUCAAAACAAGAAACAAAGAAGAAGAAAAAUGCUUAUAUAUUAUAUGGUAAAACUAAAGAUGAUUUAAAAAGAAAAGAGAAAGAAUACGAUGAGCAAGUUUCCGCGAACCAACAACUUGAAAGCACUGCCCGAGCACUAGAAUGCAAACUGAAGAGCAUAAGGAAUAAACCAAAUCAGGUUUUAGAAGCGCGAAAUGACGCUCAGAGACAACUUUCUCGAGAGCAGAAUGCCAGAGUAAUACAAGAUGAAAUCUCGGCCCAUCAUCUUUCUCAACAAAAGGAGGCAGAAAAGGCUAAUAAAAUGAAUGCUGAGGACACAAUGGAUUUUGAGCUGUCUGACCCAAAAGAUAACAGCGAGGUGCUUCCUCAGCAACUUCUUGAAGCUGAAAGUCAAUUCCGUGGCCAAGAAAUUGAGCUCCAUCCCAGGAGAGAUGCUCUUAGACCAACGACAUUGGUAGUAGAAUGUGUGCGUAGAGACCGAGGCCAAGCCCAGCGUUCAAACAAGGAAACUGAACCCUUGUCUCAGAGCAAACAAGAGGAAGUCAACAAAUACAUUGGAAACCAGGCAUUCUUGGAGGAGAGAGUAUUCGAACUACAAACUGAAAACAUGUUGCUCCUACAGCAACUGGAUGUUGCUCAAAAUGAGGCCAAAAGUAAAAAGACAAUACUUAAUAUCCCAGAGCCGUUUCAGGAUCACGUGGGAAAACUUGAGGCCAUGAGCAGACGAGUUCUGAUGCUGGAGGAAGGAAACAAGGAGUUAAUCGAUGAAUGCCUACAUGUAAAAGACAGACUGUAUCAGUAUGAAACUGACAGAGCAGAAAUGGAAGCCUGUAUGAGACAGCUUCAGCAAGAGCUGACUGACACCCGAAAGAAAGUGUCCAUGUUGGAAGCUUCCCUGGAGGUGACAGCACAUCAUCAGCCUAAUUCAGAAAAUGAGAAACAGGAUUCAGAGAGGAAAUCACAUCAAACUGCGAACCCAAAUGGUGAUCUUCCAGCAAAAGUGGAAUCUAUGUCUUCAGUACUUCUCCAUUUUGAGUGCAGAAACUCAACUUUUUCUAAAGGAGUUAUUUAUGAAAGAAUUGCAAAAGAAAUCUGACACACUGGAGGAAGAGAAAAAGCAGUUGGAAGAAGAAGUAGUGCAUCUCAGGCGUCACCUAGAAAUGAACGCAGUGGAACACAGUCCAGUGGAGCUGUACAAAUGGGAGACUGAGGAGCAAGAAAGACGGGAUGUAGUGGAAAAACUGAAAAAACUCAGUCAAGUCAUGCGGUACAAACAGGAGACUGAAGAGCAAGCAAGACGGGAUAUUGCAGAAAAAUUGGAAGAACUCAGCCAGU